GCUGUCCGGCGCCAACCCCCGGGGGGGUGGACGCAACCGUCCGGCCCCGCUGUGCUCGGCUCCCGCCUCGUUUUACGGCCGUGGAGAGGGAGGAAAAAUCCCAAACCAGCUGCGUAAAUGAGUAUGGAAGAUUAUGAUUUCCUCUUCAAAAUUGUUUUAAUUGGCAACGCCGGUGUGGGGAAGACCUGCUUGGUGCGACGCUUCACCCAGGGGCUUUUCCCACCAGGCCAAGGAGCCACGAUUGGGGUUGACUUUAUGAUUAAAACUGUGGAGAUAAAUGGUGAAAAAGUAAAGCUGCAGAUCUGGGACACGGCAGGACAAGAGCGGUUCCGCUCCAUAACACAGAGCUACUACCGCAGCGCCAACGCCUUGAUACUCACCUACGACAUCACCUGCGAGGAGUCCUUCCGCUGCCUGCCUGAGUGGCUGCGCGAGAUCGAGCAGUACGCCAGCAACAAGGUCAUCACUGUGCUAGUGGGUAAUAAGAUUGAUUUAGCUGAUAAGAGGGAAGUCUCCCAGCAGAGAGCAGCGGAAUUCUCCGAGGCACAGGACAUGUACUAUCUGGAAACCUCAGCAAAAGAAUCGGAUAAUGUGGAAAAACUCUUCCUGGACUUAGCCUGCCGGCUGAUCAGAGAGGCACGGCAGAACACCCUGGUGAACAAUGUCUCAUCCCCCUUACCAGGAGAGGGGAAAAGCAUCAGCUAUUUGACUUGCUGUAAUUUUAAUUAAAGAGCUGGCAUGCGAUUCCCCAUCCGCCGUGGACCUGAAGAUUUUUCGCUGGGAUUUGUCUCCUCAGAGGGAAUUCCGCCUUGACCCAUCUGACUUCCUCGCAGUCAGGUCGCAGACCUAGAAGCAUGGCAGGCUGACAGCUCCAGCUGCAUGGCAACGUAGCAGAAUAUAACGUGGUUCACAUUUAAUUUUUCUUGCAGUCUGUGGAGUGGGUUAGGAGAAAGGAGAGUUGCACAAGAGCUUCAUGUGAUGCAGAAAAUGAGCUAUCGCGUUUCCUUCUGGGGGAGAUUAGAGCAACCUGUCUUGGGGAAGAUUUGGAAGAGGUCAAAAUCUCUUACAGAACAAUGUGUUUGUUCCUUUUUAAAAGAAGAAAAAAACCAACAAUGAGCACUGACCCAGGACUACGCUGGCAAUCAUCUGGGCUGCCAGCGGAGUGAAUUCUUGGGAUGUGUAUAUAGCGUCUUUGUGGAGGAAGGUGUUUGAAGUAGUGUUAUGUCUCUCAUCUACAGGCACUUUCAUGAACACGGAAUAAUAAAAAAAAAAAGUUAUGUAUCUCAACAUUUCCAAACAACAGUUUGAGAAGGCAUGGAUACAGCUCAGUUGCUCCCUUUGGUGCUAGCAGUUCAGCAAAUAUUCCAUAGACCAAAUGUAGUUUUACUACAUUGCUGUCCUCUGAAUGUGUAACCUAGACUGAUUAAGAAAAGAACACUAAUAAGCACUGUUCAUUAAAAUCUCAUUACCUCUUUUUCUAGGCCUGAACAUAGCGAGAAACGUCUGUGCUUCUUUGAUACCCAGUGCAGGAUGAAAAGACUUCCUGGAAGUAUAAUAAACGUGUAACUAAGAAAAUGUCCCUCCUCUAAUUAGUCAUGUCCAAAAGUGAAAAAUGCCUUGGGAGAUGUUUCUGGUGGAGCAGAAGAAGGGCACCACACAUGACCAAAAUGUUUUGUGUGUGCUGAUUGUGCAGAAGGGUUCAAAGAGAGCACAGUUCAAGUGGCAGCCUGCAAUAUGUCUGGGUUAAAAAUAAAGCUUGUAGAUAAAGUUCCUGCUGGAAAGGCAGGUGUACAA